AUGGAUCAGAUGGAAAGGUGUACCGAAGAAAAUUCACUAGAAGAUACGCCGGGGACGCUCCGGUUCACAAGAACUCUCGCAAGAACAUACCGACUUUUUGGGAACUUAUUCCUCUCUGAGCCGCCUCUGAAGUUGCGUGACAAAGUGGAUGAGCUUCGACCUUAUUUGCUCGAGCUUGAACAUCGGGAGAAAAGCACCGAAAUCGAUCAUAAGGCAAUAUCCGAUGAACUAUCUUCCUUCCAGCUCGCGGAGACACAGCUUUGGAAGGAUCCACUUCCCACCCGUUGUUCGGAGCAUAUUGUUCGUCCAUCAGGCUCAUGGCAGGCACGUAUCGCUCAUCACCUACACAAUCCUUCCUAUACCACCCUUCACGCCAAAAACGGGGAGGUUGCUGAUGCUACAAAUGGGUGCACGGCACUCAUUAUGAACCAUCACUACGACCCCGAGCUUCACUUCAUGUUUGACCACUUCCACCGACGAGAGGACUUCUGCCCGUUUGCAAAAUAUCCAGAUCAUAUCCGAGCUUUCCAUGAGAAUCAUACGGAUUGGAUUCGAAGCACACUGCAGGCAAAGAUAGAGAUAAUAUACGGUUCUUCGGUAAGAAAAUGGGCGAUGAAACAUUUGAAUUUUACCUCACUUAGUCUGUGGGGUGAGUACGAAGGUGUUUGGCUCCACUUCGAGUGGAAGGCGAUUAUGACAGGGAAGAAGAUCGCAAGAAUCAUCAUAUUCGCGCUACACCCACAGAGAUUUCUCUCCUAUCAGUCGAGGUCCCAAAGAGAAGCAAUAGAGCAGGAUUUACGGAUUAGUGUUGCCCAUCAGUUGGCAUGUCUGCCUUUUACUGCUGAUUAUCAUGCUACGAGGCUUUGGACGAGCAAGGCUGAAUUUAUUCAGAACGCGUAUUUCAAUGAGUGGUGUCUAGCUGAGAAAGCAGACUCUCGGUUCGGUAUUAUCGACCUGCCGAGGCAAAGAAACGUACCAACAUCGGAUGCUGCAUGCCCUAUAAUCACAGAUACCAGCGGAGUCAUGAGCUUAAAAAGGUUGGAUGAGGUGCUCUUGAAAGUUCUGGACAGUAGGAAGCGCCUCGGCUCGCGAGAGUUCAGACAGGAAUCUAAGUCCUUGAAUAUGCAAAACGACUUGCUGGAGCCGUUCCCCUGUGCGCUCAUGAGAGAAUGGGUUGAGGCCCAACAGCAUUCAUUUUUUGGUGGAAUAUCCAUCAGGACUCGCGAUGACCUGCUCUUUGCGUACAAUAAACAUUGUGUUGGAGGUGAUGGACCACAAUCAUCUAACCUAAGUACCAUGGAGUUAAUUCAAGGCUUGAUGAAUAUUCAACAAGCGAGGAUUCGGAACCGUAUCUAUCGUGUCUACCGACCAACAGCCAGAUCCUCCUGUUACUAUUCCACAUUUGAAAGCAUGCCUUGUGUAUGCGACAACUGUCGCUGCCCGCAGCCUCCCGAUCUCCUUCCUCGGUUCUCUAUUCAGCAUUCUGGGAUAUAUAUUUGUCGGGACUGCAAAUGCAACUCAGAAGCUUGUUAUGAAACAACAAGAUAUGCCAUACCGGCUGAUAAGACGCCAUAUAUGGUAUUUGAUUUCCUGAUUAAUACCACCGUUGCAGCUCGCAAGCUGAUCCGCACCGAGGAUGAGUGCGAAGGAUCGUUCACAUGUCAUAACUGCUCUCGCAACGACCAGCAUUUUGUUCCCGUCAAUGAAGAAAUAUCCUUCAUCUCCCUACGCGAUCUCGCUAUAUUUGCGUUCAAUUUCUCGUAUAUGGACGACCAAACCCUGAUCGCGCAUCUUGAUGCCCGCCCCUCGAGCACAUUCACCGCUCGGAGCUAUACCAGACGUUCACAGGUAAACCUCGGUAAUGCCAACACGCCCGGGAGUCUAGAUACCGGCCGUCCCCUAAAGAGGCGCAGGGGCACGAGAAAGGUUGACGCAUCACAAGUACAGUUGCAGAAUAGGAAUGCUGGCGAGCCUUCUGUAGAUAAUGACGACGACCCGACGGAACCAAACGGCGGCAAGUCUAUGAUUGAAAAUCAUAGUGGCAUCCAGAUACGGGAGAUUAUAUCGCACUUUCGAGGCCCCAGUGCCCUCAAGGUUGCACGAACCAAAAAGUCUGGCUAG